AUGAAACAUUUACCCCUGAUUACCGCCGAGCCUGGGUGGUUCGACCUGGAAGCAUCAGUCCAGAAAACCAUCCACUGGAUUAAUGAAGCUGGCAAGGCAGGAUGCAAGCUUGUUGCCUUCCGCGAAGUUUGGAUUCCGGGUUAUCCCUACUGGAUGUGGAAGAUCAAUUACCAACAGUCUCUUCCCUUCCUGAAAGCCUACCGUGAGAACAGUCUGCCAUCUGAUUCCGAUGAAAUGCGUCGGAUUCGUGCCGCAGCGCGUGAGAACGGCAUUUACGUCUCCAUGGGUUACAGCGAGAUCGACAUGGCAACUCUGCAUCUUGCUCAGGUACUCAUCGGACCAACGGGAGAUAUCCUCAACCAUCGACGAAAGAUCAAGCCAACGCAUGUUGAGAAGCUCAUUUUCGGCGAUGGGGCUGGAGACACCUUUGAGCCCGUCGUUGACACUGAUAUUGGACGGGUUGGACAGCUGAACUGCUGGGAGAACAUGAACCCCUUUUUGAAGGCCUAUGCGGCCAGUCUUGGGGAGCAGGUCCACAUCGCAGCAUGGCCCAUCUACCCAGACAAAACCACUCUCAACUAUCCGGACCCGUACACUAACGUCAGCGACCCCAAUUCCGACAUCGUCAGCCCAGCCUAUGCCAUCGAAACUUGCACCUACGUGCUCGCGCCCUUCCAGCGCCUGUCGCAAGACGGCGUUGCCAAGAACACACCUCCGGGCGUCGAAGUCGAGACACCGGAGCGCUACAACGGGCACACCAGGAUCUACGGUCCCGACGGUAGCCUACUGGCCCGACCGCCCAAGGAUUUCGAGGGAUUGGUAUACGUGAACAUCGACCUCGACGAGGCCCACCUGCCCAAAUCCCUCGCCGACUUCGGCGGCCACUACAUGCGUCCGGAUCUGAUACGCCUCCUUGUCGAUACACGGCGAAAAGAACUCAUCACCCACGCCGAUACCAACGGCGAUGUGGGGAGCUAUAGCACUCUCGACCGUGUUGGUUUGUCGGCGCCGCUUACGGAGCCCAAGCCGGAUAUACGUCCGAUGAAGAAGAUGGUGCCCCAUUCCGUGCCCGUGGAAGCGGGGUAUUCCCAUGGAGUUGCGGUCGGUGUGAAUGGUGCGCCGAAUGGCAAGUGA